AUGAUUUCGAGCCUUUCUCUUAGUUUCUGGUGCAAGCUGUCUAUCUUCUUUGGCCUUCAGGUAGUCCUAAUAACUCAAGCAACCGAUUCCCAACAGCCAUCCUUGGAGAAACGUAGCUUCCCGUUCAGUCCCGGGGCAGCAGCCGGAGCGGGAAGCAAUAGUGAAAAACCUCACGGGCCCCCAAAGGAUCCAUCCGAGACUCUCCCUGAGGAGUGCAAGCUCAAGCCACUGACACCACAAACUUGGGCCACCCUCCAGCUGGAUAACCAUCUGGAGAAAUACCCAGGCGGGGCUAACAUCACUCUAUCGCAAUAUGCCGCCUCCCAAGGAGUACCUAACUUUCAAUGUGGUAUAGGAAACUCAUGCAAUGCCGGGCAGCCUUGUUAUCCAGUCGCCCCACCUGAUUGGUACAUCUUGUUUGCCGUCCAGCAGUGGAACGUAAAGAUGAAUACCAUGCGAUUUGCGAUUGCUUAUGCCAUGAACUUCGUGAAAUCAACGAUGGCCACCUUAUUUGCAGCCUUGGUUCCGUCUAUCGACACAUACCAGCUCGACCGGAUGAAGUUGAACUUUGGGGUGAACGGAGCAAUGACAAUGUGUUCAAACACCGUCCUGCUUGAUCUCUUUAGUCUGUUCCACAACUUCCAGGACGCCACUGGAGACGCCCUCAAUAUCAUCAACAACAUUAUGGGCGCGGCGAUGUCUGUGGCUGGCGGAUUGCUCCCUUCCCCCGAUCCACCGGAGGGCCGCCAACGUGAGGGAUUCAACUUGUGGGCACACUUAGAGAAGCAGAUGACUGGAUAUGAGGAACUCCUGACGACCAAGCUUUCCAACGCCACUUCGAUUGUCGAGACUUCGGGUAUCAGUACCGAACAAGGGAUCUAUGGGCAGCUUCGCAACGGGAACUACAUCAAGCCAGUCAAGUCAAUCUUCCUUCCGAUCGUAGAGGACGACAUCAAGAACGUCACCAUUGCCAUAUCCCUCGUCAAGAUCUUGAGAACCCUGGACGCUUUUGUUACCAUUGGCCAAGAGGUCUGCAACAAAGACGGGAAGGAUGGAGCAUUUGAGGGCGACAAUGUAUUAUCAUAUUGCGACCGACAGGGCACAAUGUUUAAUAUUAUUCGAGUCAAAGAGAAAAAGGAAAGUAUGGAAUUCUCGAACGCUUGGGCAAUCGAGAACCGGUUCGGAUACUCGACUCAACUUCUGACGAACGCAUCAUGGACUUGUCAACAAAAGUACGGAGGAUUUGAGCCUUUCCCGUACAAAAACUUGACUUUGCCCCGAGAUGUCUUAGCCGACUGUAUAAUCAAUCUGCCAGUGUGUGACUGUCGUGAUCCCAAAAUCAAGAAACACAUUCGUAAGCAUGGCGUCAUCGAAGCGUGUCGGAAGGCUGGGCUGCCGAUCUGA